UCAUCGCCAUGGUCAUCGGUUUUUGCCCGCACGUUGCGCACAUGGCGAUGGCUGUGAGAGUCAGUGUAUACUAGCGCAUGACAUCUUUCGUGACAUAUCUUGACGCUCUUAAUGUAGAUUCGCGAAAUGCCGGUGUCUCAGGAAGUUCAUUUCGCUCAUCAUUUGGCAGCGAACGAGAAAGUUACUAGAGACCGGGCACUGCGAAAGCUGACAAGAUGGAUACGCGCGAAGUCUGGACGCCAAGGCAUGGAAUUCACCGAAGAGGCACUGAUGAAGCUUUGGAAGGGCCUCUUCUUCUGCAUGUGGAUGUCCGACAAACCGUUUGUUCAGCAAGAGCUGGCGAACAGCAUAGCUGGCCUGGUACAGUGCUUCGCCCGACGGGACCAGUCUUUGAUGUUCAUGGAUGCGUUCUUCAAGACCAUGGCCCGCGAAUGGUUUGCGAUUGACAGGUUUCGCCUGGAGAAGUUCAUGAUGCUAGUUAGGCGAUGCUUCCGUCAGGGUGUUGCAUUCUCCUAUGGAGAUGCAUGGAGCAAUGAAAACAUCACGGCUUUCUGCGACAUGCUUCAGUCAACUGCCCUGUGCCCUAACAGCCAAGAAAUCCCACUUGGCCUGAGGUUGCACGUCGUUGAUGUUUUCCUUCAAGAACUUGCUAGAAUGCACGGAGGAGAGUUGACUCCUGAGCAAGCCACAUUAUUCCUCCAACCUUUCUUUGACAUAUUGAUGCACUCAAAUGAUCGAACACUCCUGGAUGCGGUGCGGAAGAACAUCUUCUUCCUGCUGUUAGACUUGGACCGGGAAGCUGCUGAGCUGGGUGUGGAUCCCAGCACCGUGAAGAUCAGAGGCUGCAAUGGCACAACAGGGGACGAUGACUCGGCAGAAGAAGAGGAGGAGGAGGAAGAGGACAUGUACGAUGAGCACGGCAGGGUGCUUGAGAAAGGAGAGACCUGCCAGGACCUUCCUGCAAUUCCCUUUGACUACAGCAUCAUUGCUGACAGGCUUUUCGAUAUGCUCAAGGAAGCCAAUCUGAAACCGUUCAACCGUAGCCUGAUCACCAGAAUGGUGAAGAAAUUCCGUGCAGUUCUCAAGGAAGGCCUCGUUAGGCCUCCAGUGGAGGAGACUAUUGAGGAGCCCAUCACAGAGGACGACAUUGACGCCGCCGCCAGCAAGCUUGAGGAAGAGCUCGAGGAAGAGCUUGAGGAGGACCGCGACGAAGUGCUCAAGCUUAAAAAGGAGCGGAAGAAGCGAAAACCCAAGUUCGGCUUUGACAGCUCCAGUGGCGCAUACGAGUACAUUUUUAAUGACAGUGGCGACUCUGAAGACGACAAAGGGUUAGGGAAAAAAACGGGGCGAAAUAAAAAGCGACCAAAAGAGAAGCACCUUAAAAGAAAAGCCAGAGUAGCAGACUCUGAUGAAGAUACCGACACAUGUGAUUCUGAUGAUAACGAUUCGCACAAUGUAAGAAUUGCAGGCAGAAAGCGGAAGCGCAGUGCAGGGCUUCCUAGAAAUGCUGAGAAAGGGAGGAGCACUGAAUGCGCUUCCAAAGGAGCCGAGAGCAGUCUGCCUCCCAAAAAGAAACAGCGAAAACUGAAGCCAAGGAAGCCUAACAGUAGUUUAGCCAAUGCAGAUGGGACAGUGCAGGAUGGAGCGAAGUUGAAUUUGUUCGACAGUGACACAAAAGCCAAUGAUGGAGAGCCUCAGAAAGGUUCUACUUUAGUGAGGAAAGCUGUUCCGGUUGCCAGAGCAAAGAACGCUGCCUUCACUUCAAAGAAGGCUGACCAGCUAACGCUGGGGAAGGCAGCGCAGAAGGAGUCACUAUGCGAAGAAAAACCGACCGGCACCGUGGGUGGCACAGCAGAGCAGCAAAGAAAAAUGGAGAAAGUACUGAGGCGGCGGCAAGCGAGAAAGGAAAAGAAGGAGCGAAGGCUCGCUGCACUUGCCAAGGGCUUUCACGUAACACCACUUCCAGCGAAAGCCAGUGAAGCUAAGAAGGCAACCAUGCCAGUCGCAUCCACGAGUCUCGUUACCCGAACUGGCAAAGCAACAGACUCUACAGAGUCAUCCCGGUUGUCUCUGCCACGGGUAGAAGAUGUCGCGUCUAUGGUGCCAGUGAAACAUCACGUUGUUGCUGGAACUGAAAUUUUACCUGGUACACCAUCUAAGAGCCCGAAGAAUAAGGUUGAAGGAGACAGCGCAAAAGCACUUCGUCAGACAUCUCAAGCUAACGGAGGAGUGAUCGGGCAAGCGAAGUCACCUUCACAAGGUAAUACGGAGGUGUUGACGAAACCUCGCUCACCAGGGAAAAGCGGCACAAGUGUGACAAAGGUACCGGUUUCGCCGCUGAGCAAGAACCUCAAAGCAGCCAAGUUGCCUCCGUUGGCUGUACAGAAUAACGCUGGAGCAGGAGCAUCACUUCAAGGUCAGCGGCUAAUGGGCAAAGGGUUCACGUCGACCGUGUCAGCAUUGCAAAAUGGCACAGAAACGAAGGAAUCUAGUGACAGUGCUUCAGUCGAAAAGCUGCCGCGCACACCUAAAGCCAGCAAUCCAGCGGCACCAGCCUUUCGCAAGUGCUUCACUGAAACGAAAGCUAAAGGAGCUAAGUUCACAAUAUUUUCAACACCACCUGCAAUGCUGUCUUCAACCCCUCAGGAAGAAAAGAGGGUGAUCUUCGCGUUGUCCAAAAACAAAGCACAAGAUCCAAGGGAGUACUUCGAGAUGCUGAAGAACAGCCCCGAGAUUCCAUUCGACGCGUCCAAGAAGCCUGCUCAGGGUGUUCUGAAGGCACGGCUCUCCCUGCCAUCCAGUACACCUGUUUCGUCUGCAAAGAAGCGUGUCAGGGCAUCUGAUGUCUUUGAAUCUAAUGAUAGUCAUUUGUUCCGCAAAAAGCGUCCCAGUGCAUCAGAUUUCUUCUAGGAUGUGAGAAGAAACUCAACCAGUCAGCUAGUUCCAUACAUCAUGUUUCAUUUCUGGCACAAAAUAAAUGUUCUGUAUAUUAACAC